AUGUCCGCCGCUACUAUUGCUUUCAAAACCGCCCAAACCGCUUCGAAGAGAAUUGGUCCUAACCCAUUGGUUAAGGAACUUGGCCAACAUGUGGUGAAUCUCGGUGUGUGGGGCGCAGGCAUUACCACCUUCUUAGGAUGGCCAUCUGCUGUCGCAUACGCAAAUCAACAAGCCAUUAGGAUGAGCGGUGUUCGAGAAUGGUUGAUCAAUUGGGAUAACAGGUACAGAGUUCGUGAAGACUUGUAUCUGGCCCCUGUCGAGAUUUAUCAGUUCCUCCGUCAUCUUUAUCAAUGUUUUGUGUCCAAACGAGUCAAUCUCUGGUAUCAAAUCGAAAAUGCAAUGAAGGCCCACUCCAACAAAGUGGCCUUGAUAUUUGUCAACCCGUUGCCCGGAAAAGGCGAGUUUGAGACCAAACAAUACACAUACAAAGAACUUUAUGACAUGAUCCUGCGCCUCUCCUACAUACUGAAGGAGGACUACGGCAUCAAAAAAGGCGAUGUGGUGUCUCUUUACUUUGGAAAUAGUCCUCUAUUCAUUGUUUUCUGGUUCGCACUCUGGAACCUGGGUGCCGUGCCAUGCCUCCAGAACAUCAACCUGUCACAUGAGCCGUUAGUUCAUUCUCUUGGAGUGGUGAGCUCUAACCUCGUCUUUGUGGACGAGGGAUGUCGCGGAUUGUACGACUCCACCAAGCAAGAGAUCGAUGCGAAGCUUCCGGAGUUGAAGUCGGUCUUUGUCAAUAUCCAGUCGUGGAUCGAGCGUCUUUCUGAUCCCUCAGCAAAAACGUUCAGACUCGACGACAAAGAGAGAGACAAAGACGUUGUCUACUACAAUCCGGCAUUGCUGAUCUUCACCAGUGGGACUUCCGGCCUUCCCAAGUCGGCCGUGAACUCCUGGAGAAAGGUGUUCUUUGCUAGCUUCUUCUUUUCGCACGCCAUGCGGAUUUCCAAGCACACCAACAUGUACACGUCCAUGCCGCUAUACCACGGAACUGCCUCUAUUUUGGGAGUUCUUCCAAUAUUUGCCAAAGGUGGAACAUAUUCGCUUGGAACCAAGUUCUCACUGUCUACAUACUGGACACAGGUUCGCCUCUGUGAAGCCAACACCAUCCAAUACGUUGGCGAGGUUUGCCGGUAUUUAAUUAACGCUCCCGAGUCUGAGGACGAAAAGCUGUGUUACGGAAAGGUCACAAAAGCGAUUGGCAACGGUCUGCGUCCGGAUAUCUGGGUCAAGUUCAAGCAGAGAUUUGGAAUCCAAGCUGUCGGUGAAUUUUACGCCAGUAGCGAAGCUCCAUUUGCCACCACCUGUUACGAGACUAAUGGUAUUGGUGUUGGUUGCAUCAGAAACCAGGGCUGGCUCGCAGAUAAAGCGUUGAGUUACAUGUACUCUCUGGUGAAGACAGAAAAGGACGACGACGCAAGAUUAUACAGAAAUGAGAAAGGAUACUGCGAGAAACCAAAGCCUGGUGAAAACGCAGAACUUCUGAUGCAUGUGCUCAACCCAAAGAAUACCAAGGCAACGUUCCCAGGUUACGUCAAUAACGAGAACGCUACGUACUCCAAGAUCGUUCGCGAUGUGUUCAAGAAGGGCGAUGCUUGGGUGAGAACGGACGAUCUUUUCCAGUACGACGAUUACGGCUGUGUCAAGUUUGUUGAUAGACUCGGAGACACCUACAGAUGGAAAUCGGAGAAUGUCAGCACAACGCAGGUGGAAAACUCACUCCAAACACAUCCUUCCAUCUCUGCCACCGUUGUUGUUGGUGCAAGGGUGCCAAAUCACGAAGGACGCUGCGGGUAUGCCAUCUUGCAAACGAAACGCAACAACGAGGAGAGCUCCGAGGAGAAACAGAAACUUGUUAACGAGUUGGCCGAACUGGUUUGGGAGAAGCUGCCUCAUUUCGCACGUCCAUGUUUUCUGCGGUUUGACGUUAUAGAGCAUACUCACAAUCACAAGAUCUCGAAGAAACAGUUCAGAGACCCUGUUCUACCGUUUGGGCCAUCGAACAAAGACGAGGUUUAUUUCUUGAAUCUCUCCACGAGAAACAAAAUGUUCAUGGAAAACCCCCAUGUGGGCGACAGAUCUCGUUUGGAGGACUGGAGAAUUAGAGGUUACAACCCUCUGACUCCUCCAGAUCUUCUUCAGCACGAGUUCCCAUUGAGCACCAAAUCUGAGAAAAACAUUUUGGAAGGCAGAGAAGAUGCCUGCAAUAUCCUGAGUGGCAAAGACGACAGAUUGUUGGUUGUGAUUGGACCAUGUUCGAUCCACGACCCUGCUGCUGCUCUGGACUACUGUAACCGUCUGGCCAGCUUCAGAGAAAAGGUCAAGGGAGACCUGCACAUUGUCAUGAGAGCUUACCUUGAGAAGCCUCGUACCACUGUUGGUUGGAAAGGACUGAUCAACGAUCCAGAUAUCGAUGGAUCCUUCAACAUCAACAAGGGUCUGAGAAUCUCCAGAGAGUUGUUCGUCAAGUUGACUGAGAAGCUUCCGAUUGCCGGUGAAAUGUUGGACACCAUUUCUCCACAGUUCCUUAGCGAUUUGUUCUCUGUUGGUGCUAUUGGCGCCCGUACCACCGAAUCUCAACUGCACAGAGAGCUUGCGUCCGGACUGUCCUUCCCAGUCGGUUUCAAGAACGGUACCGACGGUUCGUUGGGCGUUGCUGUCGAUGCCAUGCGUGCUGCCGCACAUCCUCACCACUUCCUUUCUGUUACCAAGCCAGGUGUGGUUGCCAUCGUUGGUACCGAGGGAAACACCGACUCCUUCGUGAUUUUGCGUGGAGGUAAGAAAGGUACCAACUUCGACGAACAAAGUGUUGGUGAGGCCGAAGCUGCCCUCACCAAGGCUGGUAUUCUUAAGCAGGGUGAAAGCCGUAUCAUGGUCGACUGCUCGCACGGAAAUUCCAACAAAGACCACCGCAACCAGCCAAAGGUUGCCGCCGAGAUCGCCAGACAACUCAAGAACGGGAACGGAAGUAUUUGUGGUUUGAUGAUUGAGAGUAAUAUUAGCGAGGGAAGACAGGACGUGCCACCUCUUGAGGAAGGAGGAAAAGACAAACUGAAAUACGGUUGCUCCAUUACAGACGCUUGUAUUGACUGGGAAACAACCGAGCAGGUUUUGGAGAUGUUGGCUGAUGCCGUCAAAGAGCGCAGAUCACUCAAGUCCACCAAGACAGAAAAUUAA